AUACGAAUCGCACUCGCUCAUUCACUCACGCGCUGGACCUUGAAACUUAAUGAUUAUUUGACUUUUCCCCCUCUAUACCGACGAAUUCUCUUUACCUGGCGUAUUCAGAAACGACCAAUUGCACCUUCCACCCCUUUCGAACUUAGCCUUACCAAAAAUAGAAUUCGUCUUGUGUUGUUAGCCGAAACUUAGAACGACGUACGAAGCCUCCUCUCGCCGCUAAUAUCGAACUGCCUUCUCUAAACCUCCCACUUCGACACGCCCGUCUACGAACCAUCUUAUGAACUAGCUUAUUUCGCCAAUGCUGUUACCAAGGAUAGUCCCUUCAUUUUCAACGUAGGCCUUCAACAGGCACACACAAAUAUUCCAUACCUAUCAUGUCGUUCGGUGUUGCUGUUCAGUCCGCCAUAUUUUACCUCGUAUCUUGUGCGCCAUGUCUCCAAGCGAAACAUCAUCAGCAAUCCAAGGCGAAAGCCAAGAAGGAACGCGAAGAGAAGGCACGCAUCCAAGCCGAGAACCCUGGAUCAUACCUUCACCCAGAUCCUUUCAACACGAAUCCAUAUUGGUCCGAAGAAAUCAUGAUGGGCCCCCGCAUACAAGCGAAGAAGUAUAAUGGAGGUGGAAAUAAAAACAUAAGCCAAAAGCGCCUAAGUAGUUCUGGCAAGGAGAGCACAAGCGCCGCUGGAAGCAGUACCCAAGUCAACAGUCUAAGCCCAGGUAGUAGUCGGACGGCCGUCGAAGAUGGUAAACUUAGCUUUUCUACUAGCUAUUCAGACGAUUGGAACCGAAAACGUUACCAGAGGGAAGACGAAGAGUUGUGGGGUCAAGAUCAAGAUAUAUCCCGCACUCAUAAAUUGAUGGACGCUAUUAAGCAAGCGGGGUCAUCGGCCGGCCGACUGUUUGAUGCAAGUUUAGGGAAGGAGCCGAAACCAGUUACCGACGAGGACAGGCAUAAUUUCUAUUUUGCACCACGAAACCCUCCUGUCAACGAUUACCACCCCCCAAUCGUGCGACAGAAGCCCGUACACAAGGACGGUAACAAGUGGAUGCUGCAACCACCCCCACCUGCGAAGAUCAUGGAAGGUAAAGUGCCGGUUAGUAGAAGUGGAAGCAUGGCGAGUCAUCUUAGCCGCAAGACGACGAUGAGUGACGGACCUAACCUAGGCCGACUGGUCCACGAAAGAGCGAUGGAGGCCAAAUUCAAGAGUGGCGAGCUGCCCUCAGAUUUUGACUCCACCACAACGCUUCACAAGACUAUUACUAGGAAGAACACUGCUUCAAGCCGGGGACAGCAAAGUCUCCGAGUUCCAAGAAGUCGGAGCGUGUCACUAGAAUCCUCGGAUGCCUCGGACGAGCCCCGGAAGCGGAAAAGUCGUCGGGCCCGGCCACCGGUCUCUGCCGACUUUGACUCCUCGUCCGAGGAGGAGUACUACCACCUGAAAAGCUCGGAUUCUUUUGGACGGGGUAGGAGAGCAGCGCGACAGCCAAAGCUACAACCUAUAUCCAGUUCCCAGGAAAAUGAGAAGGAUUCGAAGGAGAGUGUGUCGCUAGAAGUAGACGGAGAGGCACUCACCCGAUCGGCUAGUUACGCGCUUGCUAACAUCACGAGCGGAUCCAGCCCAUCCCGAACAAAUCCCGCCACACCUAGCAGGAAGAACCUCGAAGAUGGACAACAGAAACCCUCUCCCGUUACGUUAGGCCCGCCACUGGCAGUCUCGUCAUAGUGUCAUCGGGAUAGACAGAUGGCCGAGUCGGAUGGCAGCAUCGAGCUACAGCUUCCUCGGGUAGCACAGUG